GAAUGCCGUUCGGCCGCGUCAUCUGUUCUUCCGGCCGGCUGACGGGCAAGAUGGCGGCGGCGCGCCCGCUGGUCCAGUACGUGGUGCUGAGGGGGGACCUGAGGCGGGAGCCGCUCUCGUGGCCCUUGGGGGCCCUGGUGGCCCAGGCCUGCCACGCGGCCCUGGCCGUCGUGCACGCGCACCGCGAUCACCCGGACACCGCCGCCUACCUCGCCCAGGGCGGCAGCAUGAGGACCGUGGUGCUGGAGGCUUUGGAUGAGUGUGCCUUGACAGCUUUAACAGAGACGCUGCAGCAAAACAACAUUGAUCACAACUUGUGGGUAGAACAGCCGGAAAAUAUAGCCACGUGCAUUGCUCUCCGCCCAUACCCAAAGGAGCAGGUACACCAACAUCUGAAGAAAUUCAAACUGCUGAAAUGAGUAGCUGCUUCUCUA